CAAUUACUCUGUCUUUUCUUAUGCAAGCACAUAAUAACAUUUCGACAUUGAAGCACAUAUAAUGUGUGCUGUCAUUUGAAAUUAAAAUAUAUGAAUAUUUCAGAGUAAAUUAUAGCUUGACCCUACCACACGUCAGUUGCCUCAGGGUUGGUUCACUUUACCCAUUACAACUUCUGUUUCAGUUUGUAAGGAUUUAUAAAACAUGGAAAAGAUAUGUACAUACUGUGUUCAAAGAUGUCUGCAAAAGUUUCAUCCAUCAUCAACAGUAAGACAGAUCAGACUGCAUAUUAAAUCAUAUUCCACCAACAGUACAGAUCCUAAUAAAAAAGGAACAAUGAGAGCUUGGCAGAUCCACCAAUAUGGAGGAAAUGAAGAAUUGACACUAUCAGAUUCUGUGACAAUUCCAAAAAUAAAAGAUCCAAGAGGAAUUCUCAUAAAUAUUCAUGCUGCUAGUAUAAAUCCAAUAGAUUGUCGCAUGAGAGCUGGAUACGGAAGCACUGCUAUGAAUGCAAUAAGGCAAAAGACUAUAUUCCCAACAAAUGGAGGAGAAUUCCCAUUGAUUCUAGGGAGAGAUUUUUCUGGGGAAGUUGUAGAAACGGGAAGAGAUGUAAGAAAGUUUCAUCGUGGAGAUGAGGUAUGGGGUACAGUUUUUGCCUCCAAACAAGGAUGUCUAGCAGAUUAUACAAUAGCUCAGGAACAUGAGAUUUCACUGAAGCCCUCCAUAAUAACCCACACAUCAGCCAGUUCUAUACCAUAUGUUGCCUGUACAGUUAGUGCAGCUUUUACAGAAUUUGGAGGAUUAAGAGAAAAUAGUGUAAAAGAUAAAAGAGUUUUAAUUUAUGGUGGUUCUGGAGGGAUAGGAACUUUUGCAAUACAGCUGAUGAAGGCUUUUGGGGCUGAAGUAGCUACAAUAUGCAGUACAGAUGCAGUAGAACUAGUUACCUCCCUUGGUGCUGAUGUUGUCAUUGACUACACAAAACAAGAUGUCCGACAAGAAUUAGCUAAUUUGGAAAAAUUUGACAUAAUAUUGGAUAGUUUUGGAAAAGAGAAAACAGGAUAUUCGAUGGAAUUCUUGAAACCUUCCAAAUGCAAUGAUGCUAAAUAUAUAACGUUAAAACAUCCGUUUUUACAGAACAUUGAUGACUAUGGUAUACCUGUUGGACUAUUGAGAUCGUUAUCAGAUGCUGCUAUUGACACUUCUUUGGGUUUAAAAAAAGGAAUUAGCCACAGAUGGGCAAUCUAUUUACCCAUGGGGAAAGCUUUAGAAAGAUAUGCUAAACUAGUAGAUGAUGAUCAGAUAAUUCCAGUGAUAGACAAAGUUUUUCCGUUUGAAGAUGUUCCAGCAGCAUUUGAAAAAGUUGAACAUGGUCAUGCUAGAGGUAAAACUGUGAUACAAAUGGUCAAAGAGAAGUGAAAGUGAAUGCCAUAAAUCCGUUUUUAGCAUCUAAAUAAAAGAGGAUAGUGAAUUUGAGAACAUUGAUAUGAAUCACAAUGGGAUAUUUUGUUUAAAGAGCAAAAUGAGAGAGCAGAAAACCGAAACUCUAAAAAGUUUAAAAGGAAAGUAUAUUUAUUGUGUCAAACAUAAAUUUGAUGCAAAUGCUUCUUUUAGUGAGACUCAUCACCAGCAUAAGUGCUAGAUUAAUUAAAUUGACCCUUAUUUAAGGUGGUACCAAACACCUUGACGUAAAUUAAUUUGGCUCGUUUAAUUUUCAUAAAAUUUUGACAAAAUAUUUAAUUUGACCCUUUGACAAAAAUAUAAAAAUUUCAAAAAACUUGAAUCACACAAAAAUUUCAUUGGAUAUAUAGCAGUUUGUCAAACACUAAUUUUGAUCAUUGAGAAGCUUAAUACUUCCUUAACAAUAGAACGUGAUUAAAACGUUCAGCUGGUUUUACUGAGUUAUCUCACUGUAGUGUUAAGUACCACCUUUAAGUAAGAAUUUGUAGCAAAAAUCAAAAUGUGAGUUUUCACAAAAUGUCAUCCUGUUAAAUUUUCCAAUGUCUCCAUGAUUAAAGUCAGGUAGAGUUAUUUCCCUUUCAAGUCAGUUAGAGUUAUUUCCCUUUAUCUGUAAUUGGUAUGCCUAUAUUUGUAAACAUGUGGUUAAAUGAGCUACAUCACAUAUUAGUAGUGAUAACAUGUGGCUUUUUAAAAUAUUUCAGGGUCAUGUCUUGUAAUUAACUUCUGGGUCAUUUACUCUGGUGGUUAACUGUAAGUCCUAGAAUCAUAUUAGGUCACAUGAAAGGAAUGAUACAUUAGGUUGUCAGUUAAAAAUUUUUAAAAAAAUAAAACCAAGGUUUCCAAAAAAUAUUUGAGCCAGAUAGACAUUUUUGUCGAGCCUUCGACUUUUGUCGAAAAAGCGAGACAUAGCGAUCCUACAUUCUGUCGUCUCUGUGGUUAAAGUUUUCGAAAUUUUAAUAACUUUCUUAAACUAUCCUGGAUUUCUACCAAACUUGGACAGAAGCUUGUUUAUGAUCAUAAGAUAAUAUUCAAAAGUAAAUUUUGUAAAAAAAAAAUUUCAUUUUUUCCGUAUUUUACUUAUAAAUGGACUUAGUUUUUCUGCCAAGAAACAUUACAUUCACUCUGUGGUUAAAGUUUUUGAAAUUUUAAUAACUUUCUUAAACUAUCCUGGAUUUCUACUAAACUUGGACAGAAGCUUGUUUAUGAUCAUAAGAUAAUAUUCAAAAGUAAAUUUUGUAAAAAAAAAAAUCCAUUUUUUCCGUAUUUUACUUAUAAAUGGACUUAGUUUUUCUGCCAAGAAACAUUACAUUCACUCUGUGGUUAAAGUUUUUGAAAUUUUAAUAACUUUCUUAAACUAUCCUGGAUUUCUACCAAACUUGGAAAGAAGCUUGUUUAUGAUCAUAAGAUAGUAUCCAGAAGUAAAUUUUGUAAAAAAAAAAAUCCAUUUUUUCCAUAUUUUACUUAUAAAUGGACUUAGUUUCUGCCAGUUAGCUUUACAUUCACUCUGUGGUUAAAGUUUUUAAAAUUUUAACAACUUUCUUAAACUAUCCUGAAUUUGUACCAAACUUGGACAGAAGCUUGUUUAUGAUUAAAAGCUAGUAUCUAGAAGGAAUUUUUUUUUAAAUUUUGUUUCAUUUUUUCCGUAUUUUACUUAUAAAUGGGCUUAGUUUUUCUUCCAGUUAACAUUACAUACAGUCUGCAGUUUAAGUUUUUAAAACAUUUAUUAGAUUCAUAAACUAUCCUUGAUUUUUACGAAACUUGGACAGAAGCUACUUACAAUCAAAAGAUAGUAUAGAGAGGAAUAUUUUUAUUAAUUUUUUUUCUCAUUUUUGUUGAGCCUACGAUUAACAGCAAAAGUAGGCAAGACACUGGGUUCCGCGGAACCCUUACAAAUUUUUAAGGUCAAGUUUUUAAUAAUAUAUUUGCUUAUAUCUAAGUCAUUGGAUCUUUGAUGGAUAGUUGUUGCGUUGUCAUUAUUACAACAUGCUUUGCAUGUGCAAAUUAAGGUGCUUAUUACACCUACUGUAAUAGGUAAUAGGAUACUCUAAAAAUAAGUUAUUUAGCAUCAUAAUUAUUUGUUACACAAAUGGUGUGGGUCUCAUAGGGGUUUAAGCGUGACUAGGGAUUACCCUAUAUUUAGUAAGCAUGACUCGUGAAAGUAAAAUUAUUAAGCAUGAAAACAGGAAACGAAGUCUGGCAGAGCACAUGAAAUUACAACCGUUAUUAUUACAGUGUUAAGCGGGAUACAGGAAUCUGACAAAACAAUAAGCGGGAUCCGGGAUCAGACCCUGCAAUGGUACGAUGGAAAAUUCCCUGAAGGUUAUUUUGCACACUUUAAUGAGAAUUAUAUAUGUACUUUUAUUUUGAACAACUAAUACAUCAUACUUGAUUGUUUUAUUUAAGUAGGAAUCCUGGAGAAAAUAAUCAUGUAUUAUUACUUGGUGAUAGGUAUUCAAUCAAGUUCAUUGAUUUGAUGAUGCUAUUUCAAUAUUCAUUAGGGUCCCUUUGGUAAGCCAGAUUUCUAAGUAUUUAUAAGAAGCCAUCUGAUUAGUCAGAUUUCUAAGUAUUUAUAAGAAGCCAUCUGAUUAGCCAGAUUUCUAAGUAUUUUAAAGAAUCUAUUUGGUUCUCCAGAUUUCUAAGUAUUUAUAAGAAGCUUACCCAGAUUUUUUGUGCUAUCACCUCAAUAUAAAUGCAAUCUAGUAUUUAUGUUUAUAUUAUGAAUGUUAAUUAUGAAUACAAUAAGUUUUUGAUCA